CGCGGCGGCGCGCACCCGCGGGGCCUCGGGGCCGCGCAGGCGCGGAGGCGAAGGUCCGCGGGCGCUGCAUCGCGGACUGCUCGGCCCGCAGUCGCGCCAAGAGGACCAUGUUUCAGCAACAGACGAAUUCGUUGUCGAUGGGGGUGCUCGCCUUCGCUCAGGAGAUAGACGCGCGCCCGGCCUCGGUCUUCGAGACCGCAGCACUCCUGAUGUGCCCCCCGCAGAAGACACCCGCGAAGGAGACGCUAUCGUUUCGUGGGCGUCAGAGACCCGCCCUGGCGGCCAGGCGGGCGGCUACCUGGCUCGGGCGCUGUCGGCUGCCCUCGGGCACGCAUCAGUGAGGCCGCGUUCUGUCUCCAUGUGUUGCGGCUUCGCUUCGUGGCCGAUUCUGAAGCGCUUGCGCGAUGUAGGAUAUGCCGCCCUGUUCUUUAUCUCAACCAUUCGUCCCAUCACCUUGUGGCCUCUUUCAAACGCGCGCGUACCCUGGCUUCGCAAGCGGCUGAAUUAUACCUCUGCCAGUGCGGACACAUCCUUCCCAAGCACGCCAUGUUGCGGGCCUGGAAUGCCAUGUCGCCCCUGCUUGCCGCGCGCCCUUUGCGCUCGGGCAAGUGCGGGAGAUGUUCUGGCCAAUUGCUUUUCAUGCGAAGUUCUCCGCUCUGGAUAAAGUUGGGCGUCCGUUCCGCCGCCUGGAAACAAUGCACCGCGUGAUUUUGCUGUUUGGGGCCGCCGACUGGUUGGCGAGCAGCGCUGAAGCCCUUCGCGAGGCCAGACUCUCCGUCGUGGACAAAAUUCGGAAGGGCCUGUUUGAAAAGGAGCUGUGGUGGACGCACGGCGUUGACUUCCAGGCUGCAGCUUUGCAGGCCAUCAGCGCGUCAGCCCGUGAGGGGAACACGAUCCACGGUGCAUUGGACACGGGCGCGCUGAAACCCUUUCGCGAGGCCAGGCUGUCUCGAUGACUCGGGAUUCAAGCUUGCGCCUGCAUGGGAUGCCGAUGUUCUGUAAAUUUGUUCGGCCUGCGGCCAUGGGCUGCAGGUAUGCUGGGUGCAAAUCUGUCGAGUGUGGCAAGAGCGCUGGUGCUGGCUCGUGCGCCCGCGGUUGUGCAAGAUGAGACGGUCGCUAUCGCCCCGCUCUGCCAAGCAUUCUCUGGCGCACGGAACGUAGGG